AUGAGUGGAAUUUCAAAAGAGGGAUAUUUAGUUAGAAAAGCUACAACAAGUUGGAAAAAACAAUAUUUCAUAAUUCAAUCAAAUUUAUUAUUAAGAUAUAAAACCAAACCUUCGAAAAAAGGUAAAUUACCAAAAGAAACAUUAGAUUUAAUUGGUACAGAUAUACAAAGUAGUACAAUAGCAAAAUUUUGUAUAUCAAUAAGAAAUAUAAAUACAAAUAAAACCAUUUAUUUAUGUGGAAGUGAUAAUGAUGACUAUGAAUCUUGGAUAUUUAUAUUAAAAAAAGCUUUAUCAAAUUUUAACCAACAACAACAACAACAAAAUGUAAAUAAAUCAAAUUAUUCAGCACAACUUUCUCAACAUUCCCAACAUUCUCAACCUUCUCUACCUUCUCAACCACCACCACCCUCAUUACCACAACACCAUUCAAAUCCAGUUUUUCCAACUUCAUAUUAUCAACCAACACAACCACAACAACAACAAAUUAGCCCAACCUAUUUUACACAAGUAAACUCCACCCAAACAAACGUAAAUCCAAUGGAAUUUUAUCAAUAUAAAACUCCUGCUGCUUUUACAUCAUCUCCAAACAUAUAUACUAUUCAACAAUCACAACCUCGACAACCUCAACAAUUCCAACCUCAACCACAACCACAACCACAACCACAAACACAAACACAAACACAAACACAAACACAAACACAACCACAACCACAACCACAACUACAACUACAACCACAAUAUCAUCAACAACAACAACAAUAUCAACCACAACCACAAUAUCAUCAACAACAACAACAACAACAACAACAACAACAACAACAACAACAACAACAACAACAAUAUCAACCACCGUCAUAUAAUCAAUCACAACCACAAUAUAAUCAACAAAUAGAACCUUCUUAUCAAAAUUCACAAUACAAAAACUAUACACAAAUGAUAACACCACAACAAGAGUUUCAACCAAUUUCUAAACCUCAAUACUCACAAUAUUCCCAUUAUAUAUCACACUCUUCAUCAAUAUCUUACCCAACACCAAUGUAA